AAAAAAAAAAACAAGAAAACAUUCAGCGCAUACAAAUAUGAGAACAUUAGUGCAAAAUUUGUUGUUGUUAUAGUUUAUAAUACAAUUUAGUAGUAUUUUUUGUUUUUGUUUUCCAUGCAAAUGCAUUGUAUGCACAAUUUGAGCGCGACGUGUUGUAACGCUACAUGGUAAAAGCCCUGGCCAAGGCGCGCGUCGAACGUUGAGCAGCGUAAUCUCCACCAACAAACGUCGUCUAGAAUUUUGGUUUGGCCAACGUUUAAUGGAUGACACAUCAUCAUGGGAAAGUUAUUAUCAAAAAUUUUCGGCAACAAAGAAAUGCGAAUUCUUAUGCUCGGCUUGGACGCUGCUGGCAAAACAACGAUUCUCUAUAAACUGAAACUAGGUCAAUCAGUAACAACGAUACCAACGGUUGGUUUUAAUGUGGAGACCGUUACGUAUAAGAAUGUUAAAUUCAAUGUCUGGGAUGUUGGCGGGCAGGAUAAAAUUCGACCGCUAUGGCGGCAUUACUAUACAGGCACACAAGGUCUGAUAUUCGUUGUGGAUUGCGCUGAUCGGGAUAGAAUAGAUGAGGCGCGCACUGAACUGCAUAGGAUAAUUAAUGAUAGAGAGAUGCGCGAUGCCAUUAUACUGAUAUUUGCUAAUAAACAGGAUCUAGCUGAUGCAAUGAAACCCCAUGAAAUCCAGGAAAAACUAGGCUUAACUAGAAUAAGAGAUCGCAAUUGGUAUGUCCAGCCAUCAUGUGCCACAAGCGGUGACGGGCUCUACGAGGGUCUAACGUGGUUAACAUCUAAUCAUAAAUUAUGAGAAUCAUAAUAUA